GUAAAUCUUAAGUUGAGCAUUAUUUACCCAUAAGGCACUGCGGUCAGUCUCAGCGAUAAACAUGGCGUCCAGAGCACCGGCUGCAACAGGCAGGCUUUUGCACGGUUUGCACAAAUGGUAUUACAACCUAUGUGGAUUCAACAAGAUUGGCUUGAUGCGCGAUGACACGCUAUACGAGGAUGCCGAUGUGAAAGAAGCUGUGAGGAGGCUUCCAGAAAAAGUCUAUAAUGACAGGAUGUUCAGGGUGAAGAGAGCCAUUGACCUCACCAUGAAACAACAGAUUCUCCCAAAGGACCAGUGGACAAAAUACGAGGAGGAUGUCCAUUACCUGAUACCAUACCUGGAAGAGGUGAUCCGCGAGAGGAAAGAAAAAGAAGAAUGGCUGAAGAAAUAAAACCGUUCUUUGUCGUGGUCCUUAAUCUUGUCUUUCACUAGCGCUUGAUCCUCCCCCUGGUGUCAAACUUUAAAAUUAAAUGUGACCUAUAUUAAAACAGUGCUCAAUAAAGAAAUGUACAUUUUGAAAAGCCGAA